AUGGCAGACGAUAUCGAUGAUUUAUUAGACGAAUGUGAGACGAAGUUUUUCGACAGUGGAAAAAAACCUAAGCAGGAACCCACCACCAAAUUGAACUCCAGCUUGAGCUCAGAAACGGGAAAGACAUCAAGGUACAAGGACAGAAAACCGAAAAGGUAGAAACGUUUUUACCCUCCCUCCCCAGUAUAGCAUUCUUAUUUUUACUCUUUUAUUUUGAGUAAAUUGGCGUGAAUGACUCUUUGUUUCUUAGUUCACAUAUUAAAAAUGCUGAUCGAGAUGAACUACAUGAUAUGAUCCAAGAAUGUAUGGAUGAUGGACCAGAAAUACCUGAACUGAGAGAACAGGUAAAACUAACCAGUAAACUAUCUAAUUUUCUUAGAUUUCCAGAAACUAAUCAAAAGACUAAUUCCUUGAUGGAGUUUCCCGCAUAGAUCGUGGCAUUUUAAGCAUUCAUUUAAUAAGUGCGAACGAAAAUUCGGUUUCCAUGCCAACGGGUGUGCGUAGGUCACGUGAAUGAAAACCAAUCGGAUUAUGAUUUUUGUUAAGCCGGUUGGCUGUUUAUCGAAGUAAGAAGAAUAUUGAGAUUAGCUUUUCAAAGUAAAUUUCGUACGAUUUCACCUUGUAAACUAAUCUGAUGAUGAUCCAUAUUGUCAUCAUUCUUACCAUUAUUAUUGCCUGACUUCCUCCAGUCCAAGCCUUCUUUAAUGACUAUUGUUACUAAAGAAAAGACUGGAGUAGUGGCAAUGACCAAUGAUGAAAACUUCAACUAUUAUAAAGAAUCAAGGAGAAUUUAAAUCUGGAAAAGUUUGAUUGAGAAAGUUAAGCACCUGAUUGAUUGAUAAAGUUUCUCAACCAUUAACAGCAAAGCCCUUGCAAUCUAAAAGUACUUUUGUCACUCAGAUGUAAACUGCUCCAUGGGCUUCUCCAGCAGGAUGUUGGUUAUCAUUCAUUGAGCAUAUGUUAAAAGAGAGAGAGAUAGAGAUCAGAGUAGCUAAUGUUUAUGUUUUAUACUAUACAACUAAUACUCACAUGUUGCAAUCAGUAUGACUAUUAUGGGCUAUGAGCAGAGUAUUAAACAAAGAUAUGAGCUAUUGAAUCAAGGAGUCUGUUUGAAAAAUCUUCAAAAGAUUGUUUCUUGUCUAACUUUUAUGGGGACUGCUUUGAAUUCUAAGCUUACUUACCGUCAAUGGUCUUCUGUCUCAACUUCAUAAGUCAAGGGAAAGAAUGACUGCACAGAAUGAAUUAUAAAUUUAUUUAUAUAUCCUUAUUUUUAUUAAUUUCUAUUACAGCCAACAAAAUCUUUGUCCAACUCAAACACAACAGAUUUAAGUUCAGCACGAAAGCGUUGUGUCAAAGUUUUUCUAGGCGGUUCUAAAUUUGCAAAAGGGCUUUGCACUGGGUCGGAAGAGCGGUAAGUGUGUUAUUGAAUACAAGAUAUUUUUCAUCACUAAUUUGUAUUCUGCAACAAAAACUCCUCAGUGCCAUAAUUUUUACAAGAGCUUUGCAACCCUUCUAGUUGCCUUUACCCUUUAACCUUCAAGAUUUAAAUCUCAACUUUUUGGCAAAGUUCUGGUACAUCUUACAAUUUCAUCAUUGAUAUUUUGGUGUUAAAUGAAACAGUGUCCCUAAGCUUUAAUAACCUUUCCUCAUUUCACCUCUCUGCUAAUAAAAUAUUGAAAUUGGAAGGUGAAAUUCCUUCUUGAUCACUACUGGGAUAGGGAGGUUUAUUGAAAGUUUAAAAUUGGAAGAGGAAAUUUCCUAACCCUAACUCUAACCACUGCCUGUCCCUUGCACUUCAAAAAGAAUUUUUUUUCUAGAGUUUAAAAUUAUUACAAUGAAAUGUAAACAGUGUUCUAUCUGAAAACCAUAACUCAACAGAAAAAUCAAACCUAAUUAUUGCUUCAUGAUUCUUACAGCCAAUAAUAUUGAUGCAAAGUUGAUUAAAAAUUUUCAGCAAGCUGAAUUGCAGUGAAUAUUAUUAAUCUUUACUAAUAUUAAUCUAGAUAUCGAUAACUGAGAGGCCUGGACUGGGUACAGGCAAGGUGCAUAUUAGUGUUUUCACUUUCCUUAUGAUUAGGCAAUUUGUUUGGCAUACAAGUCAUAAUACUUGGCUAGAAUCAAUGGCCGUUCAUCACACUAACCCAUUUUAAUUGGGAAAUUACUUAUAAUAAGUAUAUUACCACUUAGUUGUCUGUGCACAAGUUAUUAGUGAUCUAGCAAGCAAGCAAGCAACGAUCUAUUUCUAGCUUUGAGCAAGUUUUAGUGUCCCUCCCACCCACACCAUCAACAGUUUGAUUGUGUAUUAAUCUCAUUUGUGUUUGUAAUUUAUCCUUGAUUACUGGACUGUUGGUGUAGUGUAUUCAUCAAAUAUCUCUCAUGGAAUAGUCUAGUGUGUUAUUUACGUAGAAUAUACACAUUUAAUGAACUGUUUAGUCCCAAAACAAGCCUCUGUCUGUUGUGGUGUUUAGAACAAAGUGCAACACCUCUCAGGUUUCUAAAAUGUCAGUCAUAUACCCCAUUCACACCAGCAAAACAUGUUUUGUUAAACUGGUUUUCAUUGAAUGAAAAUUAUAAACAGAGAACUGAAAAACUUGAUUUUCCAUUGGAUUCAAGACAGACCUGGGUUCGGUUAAAUAGUUUCUAUGAUGAAAAAAAAAUUAAACUGUGUUUAACAAAACAAAACAUGUUUGCUUUGGUGUGAAUGGGGAUUUACUAGGGAUUCAGACAGACCUGGGUUCUUACUUCAACAAAACGUGCAUGAUUUAAGGACAGGCAUUUUAUAGUAGGAGGCAAGAAAAGAUUUAUCAGUUGCAUGAAUUGGUGGUUUUAAUCUUUGUUUUCAUAUUUAGGGUGUGUGACAAGCUACGAUGUACAUCAUGUGAUUUCAAUGUGGUCAUCCUGAAUGACUAUGAGUGGCACAAAGAUUGUGAUUAUUUAUUCUUCAGAAAUAAUAUACCAGAUUUUGACAAGCUUAUAAGCAAACUAACAAGGAAAAGAGGUGAGAUUGUGGAGAGUUCAUUUAAAAAAUAGAGGUCACUUCCCAACACUGUGGCCCAGGCUCAAUUUCUGAACCUGGCAUCAUGUGUUCCCUUGGUUCCCAUCCUUACUCCAGGUCACCUAGCUUUCUUCCCUUUACAAUAAUGAACAUUACAAAUUUUUAAUUCAACUCAGAAACUUUGGACUGGAAGGACCAUCUCAUGGAAUGUCUGCUACUUAAUCAUUACUAUUAUGACUAUUAUAACUACUUUUUUUUUCUCCUUAAGAGAAUGAAAUUUUCAAUUGAAGGUUUUGUUGAGUGUCUGUUUUAGAGGUUUUUAUUUCAUAGAAGGUGAGGAGUAGAAGGGGAGAGGAUAACCAAAUGUAACCAAAUGUAAACUGUACCAGUGUAACACAAUCCCAUCACCACAUUUUUUGCAAUUAUUUGUGAUAUUUUUGGACAGGUUGCUGUGCUUAUGCCUGCCAGUGUACAUGGAAAUCAGUUGUGAAACUGACAGAGCUCUGGUCUGGUGAUCCACAGCUGAAAUGGGUUUGUGGAAAACACAGUUGA